AUGGGCAUGGAGCAGGUUGAGCUUAGUCAUGAGGAGGUAUGGGAUGACACUGCGCUCAUAGACUCGUGGAACGAGGCUUUGGCAGAGUAUAAGAAAUAUCACAGUGUACACGCAAAGGGAGGAAGCAUUAGAGACCUAGAAUCCAAAAUCUCCCAGCGCGCUCCAGAAUCCGAACCAAACAAACAAGCCAAUAGUCCCGAACCUGUCUCUUCUACCGGCAACGAAGAUCCGGACGCCAUUAUCUCAAAUUCCGACCAAGCCCAGUCAUCACAAAAAGGUGCAACGGCAGCUGCCUCGGCUGCGCCGCCGCCGCAAGCUCUCCUUGGCUCAUGCUGCUCAUGUCGUGGUAUUACGCAGGGUAUUACACCGGGCUCUUUGAAGGGCAACAGCAUGGCCAACAAGGGGAGCAAAAACCACAGUCUUGACAAGUAA